AUGAUCAUCAUUCCCAAAUCCUCACCACUACGAAAAACCAACUCACCUAACUCAUCACCCAAUCAACCAUCUAUUCUACUACUUUCCCACCCCAACAACAUCAGAAACUUAGCUCCUUCGUCUGCUCUUCGCCUCUCUCUCUCUCUCUCUCUCUCUCUCUCUCUCUCUCUCUCUCUCUUGGUAAACACAUAUCUAUCUCACUCCAUUCAUAUCUAUCCAUCUCACUCCAUUCAUAUCUAUCUAUCUAUCUAUCUAUCUAUCUCACCCUUAAAGAAUUCUUCCUUUACAUAUUCUUUUUUUUUUUCUAUUUUUUCUUUCUUUUUUAUUCUUUCCUUUCUUUCUUUUAUUUUUUCUUUCUUUUCUGAUUUUUUUAUUCUUUCCUUGUUUCUAUUUGUAUUCUUUCUUUCAUUUUUUCUUUUCAUGUUUUUUCUUUUUUUUUCUUGUUUUUUUCCUUUUUUAUUCUUUCCUUGUUUCUUUUUGUAUUCCUUCUUUCCAUUAUUUUUUAUUUUAUUUUUUUCUUAUUUUUUCUUUAUAACUUUAAAUGCUUUUUUUCUGCGACCUAACCUUUUCUUAUUUUUAUAUAAUACAUUAUUUUUACUCUCUUGUAUUUCUUCUUUUCCCAUUCUUUUCUGGAUUUCCCUUUUUUUCUUUCUUCUAUGCUGUCCUCAGAAACCAUUUUUUUUAUUUUCCUUUCUUACAAAUACAAAUUCAUAUUUAUUUUAUUUUUGCCUCAUUUUUUCUGUUGAUAUCCCGUUUUUUCUUCCUUCAAAAUUGUUAUUUUCUUUUCCUUUCACACUUUUUUUUUCAUUAUUUCCUUUUUUCAAUUUUAUUUCUUCAGUUUUUCUUUUUUUACAUUAUUUAGUCCUCAUAUCAUUUUUAAUUUUAUUUUUUUCUUUCCAUUCUGAAAAACUAUUCCAGCGUUUUUCUUUUCUUUCAUCUUUUCUCUUUUAUUCAAUUCUUUUAUAUUUUCGCUUUGUCCUUCUGUUUAUCCUAAUUUUUUCCCCUCAUCUUUGA